UCAUCACAAACUUUUCACACACACAGAACUACUCUACAAGGAUUAUUGUAGUACAUAUAUAGUUCUUUCUCCAAUUCAAGCUAAAUGACUACUUCUAAUAAGGUUACAUAUAAUGGGGGCUGUGUAAUUGCCAUGCAGGGCAAGGAUUGUAUUGCCAUUGCCACGGAUCGUCGAUUUGGCCUGCAGUCGCACACCGCUGGCGAGGAUUGUCAGAAGGUUUUCCAUUUAUCGCCACGUUUGUAUUUGGGUUUGACUGGCCUGCAGACGGAUAUUAUGACUGUCUACAAUCGUCUGAUGUAUCGCAAGAAUGUUUAUGAGAUCAAUGAGGGUCGUGAAGUGUCGCCGAAAGUCUUGACGGAACUACUCUCCCAUUUGCUUUAUGAGCAUCGAUUUGGCCCAUUCUUUGUUGAGCCCGUUAUUGCCGGCCUGGAUCCCGAAACCCUCGAGCCCUAUAUUUGCUGCAUGGAUCUAAUUGGCUGUGCCAAUGUCACAAAUGAUUUUGUUGCUACUGGCACCUGUUCGGAUCAAUUGAUAGGCAUGUGCGAGAGCGUUUGGAGCCCGAAUCUAAAUGCAACUGAACUUUUUAAGACGAUUGCACAGGCAAUGCUGGGAUCCUUUAAUCGUGAUGCGGUCAGUGGUUGGGGCUCUAGCAUAUUUAUUCUUGAGAAGGAUAAGAUAACUGAGCGUUUAAUCAGAACGCGUAAAGAUUAGUUGCUGAAUUGAAAGGCUUUAUAGAUUGUAAUAUAAAUAAAGGUUUCAGGUGAUG